AUGUGUCAACUGUCAGGAUUGGCAGGCCAGGCUGCGGCAGAAGCGGCCUCUCACACAGGCAUGCCAGUGGAGGAGGCCGCCCUGGCCGCUGGAGCAGCUGCGGCAGCGGCCGCAGCAAACGCAGGCUUGCCUGCGCAGAGCCAGGCGUCACUCGCAGGAUUAGCAGCUGCAGCAGCACUAAGUGGCGCGAAUGCUACAGUGCAGCAAGCGGCCGAGCUGGCUGGGGCUGCAGCAGCUGCUGCGGCCGUGGCUGCAAACAUGACCAUGGCGAACAUCUCGUAUGCAGCCGGACUUGCAGCAGCCGAGGCAGCAAGUGGUGUAGGCGUUAGUGAACAGACAGCCUUGGCAGCCACUGCUGCAGCAUCUGCUGCGAUCCAACAUGGCGACGCGAGUUUGCAAUCUCAGACACUGCUGUCAAGUGCAGUUGUAGCGGCAGUCCUUGCCAGUGCCGGCGUCAGUGGACCAGAUGCAGCUCUGAUCAGUGGUGCAGCCAUUCAGGCAGCCUUGCUCAUGAAUGUCAAAUGUUCCGCAGAGAUUAUCCGGCAAGUGGGUGGCGCAGUAAUGACCACAGUACAACCGACGAACUUGAGUGCCGGGGAUCAAGCAGUGCUUUCAGGACAAGCGGCAGCGGUCGCGGCUGCUAACUGCAAUAUGUCCGCCGUCUUACAAGCAGAGCUCGCCGCCGAGGUUGCAGCAGCAGCAGCGGCACUGGCCAACCUUUCGGUUGAGGAGCAGGCCUCGAUUGCAGGGCAGGUUGCAGCAUCUACAGCCUCUCAAGCAGGCGUGACAGGGGAGGAGGCCGCCCUGGCCGCUGGAGCAGCUGCGGCAGCGGCCGCAGCAAACGCAGGCUUGCCUGCGCAGAGCCAGGCGUCACUCGCAGGAUUAGCAGCUGCAGCAGCAGUAAGUGGCGCGAAUGCGACAGUGCAGCAAGCGGCCGAGCUGGCUGGGGCUGCAGCAGCUGCUGCGGCCGUGGCUGCAAACAUGACCAUGGCGAACAUCUCGUAUGCAGCCGGACUUGCAGCAGCCGAGGCAGCAAGUGGUGUAGGCGUUAGUGAACAGACAGCCUUGGCAGCCACUGCUGCAGCAUCUGCUGCGAUCCAACAUGGCGACGCGAGUUUGCAAUCUCAGACAUUGCUGUCAAGUGCAGUUGUAGCGGCAGUCCUUGCCAGUGCCGGCGUCAGUGGACCAGAUGCAGCUCUGAUCAGUGGUGCAGCCAUUCAGGCAGCCUUGCUCAUGAGUGUCAAUUGUUCCGCAGAGGUUAUCCGGCAAGUGGGUGGCGCAGUAAUGACCACAGUACAACCGACGAACUUGAGUGCCGGGGAUCAAGCAGUGCUUUCAGGGCAAGCGGCAGCGGUCGCGGCUGCGAACUGCAAUAUGUCCGCCGUCUUACAAGCAGAGCUCGCCGCCGAGGUUGCAGCAGCAGCAGCGGCACUGGCCAACCUUUCGGUUGAGGAGCAGGCCUCGAUUGCAGGGCAGGUUGCAGCAUCUACAGCCUCUCAAGCAGGCGUGACAGGGGAGGAGGCCGCCCUGGCCGCUGGAGCAGCUGCGGCAGCGGCCGCAGCAAACGCAGGCUUGCCUGCGCAGAGCCAGGCGUCACUCGCAGGAUUAGCAGCUGCAGCAGCAGUAAGUGGCGCGAAUGCGACAGUGCAGCAAGCGGCCGAGCUGGCUGGGGCUGCAGCAGCUGCUGCGGCCGUGGCUGCAAACAUGACCAUGGCGAACAUCUCGUAUGCAGCCGGACUUGCAGCAGCCGAGGCAGCAAGUGGUGUAGGCGUUAGUGAACAGACAGCCUUGGCAGCCACUGCUGCAGCAUCUGCUGCGAUCCAACAUGGCGACGCGAGUUUGCAAUCUCAGACACUGCUGUCAAGUGCAGUUGUAGCGGCAGUCCUUGCCAGUGCCGGCGUCAGUGGACCAGAUGCAGCUCUGAUCAGUGGUGCAGCCAUUCAGGCAGCCUUGCUCAUGAAUGUCAAUUGUUCCGCAGAGGUUAUCCGGCAAGUGGGUGGCGCAGUAAUGACCACAGUACAACCGACGAACUUGAGUGCCGGGGAUCAAGCAGUGCUUUCAGGGCAAGCGGCAGCGGUCGCGGCUGCGAACUGCAAUAUGUCCGCCGUCUUACAAGCAGAGCUCGCCGCCGAGGUUGCAGCAGCAGCAGCGGCACUGGCCAACCUUUCGGUUGAGGAGCAGGCCUCGAUUGCAGGGCAGGUUGCAGCAUCUACAGCCUCUCAAGCAGGCGUGACAGUGGAGGAGGCCGCCCUGGCCGCUGGAGCAGCUGCGGCAGCGGCCGCAGCAAACGCAGGCUUGCCUGCGCAGAGCCAGGCGUCACUCGCAGGAUUAGCAGCUGCAGCAGCAGUAAGUGGCGCGAAUGCGACAGUGCAGCAAGCGGCCGAGCUGGCUGGGGCUGCAGCAGCUGCUGUGGCCGUGGCUGCAAACAUGACCAUGGCGAACAUCUCGUAUGCAGCCGGACUUGCAGCAGCCGAGGCAGCAAGUGGUGUAGGCGUUAGUGAACAGACAGCCUUGGCAGCCACUGCUGCAGCAUCUGCUGCGAUCCAACAUGGCGACGCGAGUUUGCAAUCUCAGACACUGCUGUCAAGUGCAGUUGUAGCGGCAGUCCUUGCCAGUGCCGGCGUCAGUGGACCAGAUGCAGCUCUGAUCAGUGGUGCAGCCAUUCAGGCAGCCUUGCUCAUGAAUGUCAAUUGUUCCGCAGAGGUUAUCCGGCAAGUGGGUGGCGCAGUAAUGACCACAGUACAACCGACGAACUUGAGUGCCGGGGAUCAAGCAGUGCUUUCAGGGCAAGCGGCAGCGGUCGCGGCUGCGAACUGCAAUAUGUCCGCCGUCUUACAAGCAGAGCUCGCCGCCGAGGUUGCAGCAGCAGCAGCGGCACUGGCCAACCUUUCGGUUGAGGAGCAGGCCUCGAUUGCAGGGCAGGUUGCAGCAUCUACAGCCUCUCAAGCAGGCGUGACAGGGGAGGAGGCCGCCCUGGCCGCUGGAGCAGCUGCGGCAGCGGCCGCAGCAAACGCAGGCUUGCCUGCGCAGAGCCAGGCGUCACUCGCAGGAUUAGCAGCUGCAGCAGCCGUAAAUGGCACCAAUGCGACAGUGCAGCAAGCGGCCGAGCUGGCUGGGGCUGCAGCAGCUGCUGCGGCCGUGGCUGCAAACUUGACAUCAGAUGAGGUGGCAGACGCCGCUCAGAGCGCUGUUGGCCAGGUGGGUUCUUCUGCCGGUCUGGGAGAUGAGGAGCUUGCUCAGCUGACCUCGGACGCCCUGAUACGCACCUGGGUGAGACCUACUAACUUUAAUGAGUCUGAGCGUGUGAACCAGUGUGGCCGAUUCGACAAAGCAACCGAUCUGUUUUUUUGGUUUUAUGCUGGUACGCGCUGCCAGCUGCCACAGACCAUCGAGGACAACUCGAAGCCAUAA